CUGAGGGUGCACAUCCACACCCUGCCAUCAUGAAGAUUUUUAUGGUUCCUUUCUUUGCAUCGGUUCUGUUCUGCCCCAGCUACAGCAGCAAAUGGAUCACACACACUGCUUGCAAAGAUGAUAAAUUGGAAGUGCUUUACCAGAGUUGCGAUCCACUACAAGACUUUGGCUUCUCUGUGGACCAUUGUUACAAUCCAUUGAGUAAAAAUCUCAAAAUUCGAUUUGGAACCAUUCUAAGAUACGACAUCAAAGAGCUGUUUCUUGACGUCGAUCUCUUCAUAAUGAAAAAGUCCUUGUAUUCGUUUUCAUACCCUGUAUGUGAAGUGGAUUUCCCAAAGUUUUCUUUCUGUGGAAGAAAGAAAGGAGAGAAGAUCUACUAUGCUGGAGACAUCAAUAACCCUGCCUUUCCAAUUGGCAAGGGAGAAUAUCACAUCUUAUUGAGACUAUACAAUGAAAACAAUUUCACCAUUGUUUGUGCCAACUUUACUGUCAUUAGCUACUGACUGACCACCCUUUUCUCAAGCUCAAGAGAAUGGCCAAGCAUGGCCGUAUGGAAAGCCCAAAUCCCUACCAUGAAGCAAACGAUCCAAGAAACCCCAAUGUCAGCAACAGAGGAGUUGUAAGAACCAAUUUCCACCAGAAGCCUCAGGUGCUGAUUUAAACCCCAAGAGCAAAUGUCCCCAGAACCCUCAGGUGUAAUUAAUCCCAUGAAAUUAGCUAUCUGUUUCAAAUGAGCCCAGCAUAGUAGUUAAACACUCCCAGGUCCUCAUUUGCUGUUUCCUAAUUGAUCAUCACAGACCAAAUGCUCAUCCUUUUUGAGUCCUCAGGGAUCUAUCCAAGGAGUUAAAUAGAAUGAGGAAUCCAGCCCACAGUGUUAACCUGUGGCUUGUUCAAAGAAUUUUGGUACUAUAUUGGAUUUGAAAUUUAAUUUCAUCUCCCUAAUGCCUGGUGUUAAAGGAGUGCAACCAGAUCUCAGACUAAACUUGGGGCUUUACAGAGAUGCCUACCAUUCUUGCAAAUGAAACGGUGCCAGAGGCCCAUCACCCACAGAGUCUGGGAUAAAUCUGCUAUCAUCAGGGUAUUAGAGGUAAAUCUGAAAUGACACCACAGACUGAAUGCUCAUUUGUAGAAUUUCCCAUUCAGCUGUAACUUUUUUCACACAGGCAAAGGAGACCCCCGAAGGAUAAUAUAUGAGGGUGAAUGUUUAGUUAAUAAAUGCAAUUCCUUCCUUCCCUUCAAAAUGUACUUACCAUGUAUCUUCAUUCUCAUAGGUCAGUGUGAUUUUGAACACAAGGUUCUCCCUAUGACAAAUUUAUUCUCCCACAAACCCAUAUUCUUCAAAACCCUGGAAGAAAGAAAGAGAACUUCUUGUCUUUUUUUUUAACUCUCUCUGUCCUGAAUUUUUUUUAUUUGGUUCAGUUUCUUUACCGGGAAGGGGUGGGGGGGGGGAACCUGUGGCCUCAAGGCCACAUGUGGCCUUCCUGGGUCCUUGGGAGUGGCCUUUUGACUGAGUCCAAGUUUUACAGAAUGAAUCCUUUUAUGAAGGGAAUUUAUUCUGUGAAGUUUGGAUUCAAUCAAAGGGCCACACUUGAGGACCUAGAAGGCCUCAAGGCUGCAGGUUCCCCACCCUUGCUGAACCCUGGGCAUAUGGGCAUAUGCUACCAGUUGUGAAGAUAAAGAAAGAGGGGGCCCUGUACCUCUUUGUAUACAAGUGACUCUGUCUUCAAACUAGCCUUCAUUUCAGCACAAGAUAAACAGACACUCCCCUUUCUUUGUUUAUAUCUUACUUUUUUCUGGUUCCCAUGCUGUACUAGACAUUGGUUCAUAGCUUUAACAUGUGAUGGGAACUUGGAGACCAUCUAAUCCAACUCCUUUUGUCAGAGAAGGGACUUGAGGCCCAGAGAGGUUAAAUGACUGGUCUGUAGUCACACAGCUAGCAAGAAUCUAAGGAAGGAUUUAAACUCAGGUCUUCUGACUCCAAGCCCAGCUGUACCUACUGUAUGUUCACACAGCAAAACUACCUUGCCUUGACUCCCCCAGGGACCAAUGCCUGAUUAGCAAACCUCUGGCCAGCCUCCAAAACCCAGACCGACUUCCCUCCAUUCUUUCUGUUUCCUACAUUAUAUUUAUUGGUAGGAGAUUGUUUGUAUUGAGAGUUCACUUGGCUCACAGAGGAAAGCUGUGAAUGAGCUAAUCUCUCCCUGCUGUGUCUUGCAAUAACAAUAAAGCUUCUCCAUAUGAUCUAUA